AUGAGUAGUAAAAAUAGUUUCAAUUAUUUGUUCUUCAAACGAUUAGGUCAUUUAUUUCAUAUUUUUCUUCCACUUUCUCGUCUUUCAGUAAAUGUGAAUAAUCAUAAUGAACGAAUUUAUUCUCAUCCAUUAAUUCUUAUUUUAUUAAUACUUUUAAAUGAAGCUGGUUUACAAUUUGUUAUCUAUUAUGUUGGUUUAAUUCCAUCUGAAUUUUAUGUUCAAUUAGGUAAAUCACCAAAUGAACGUGAUUUUAAAUUAUUUCGUUGGUUAGUUAUUCGAGCAUUUGCUUUUGUAAUAUUAAAUGCAUUCCUUAAAUCACUUUCAACACUUUUAUCUUCAAUACUUUACGUGAAAUGGCGUACGAGACUUGUUCUUUAUUUACAUUCCCUGUAUUUUACACAACAACGAUAUUAUCAUUUAUUACAUACAACACAACAAAAUCAAAAUCGAAAUAAUGACGAUCGUUCAAUAAUAUAUGAAAAUCAUACAGUACAAACUACUGACAGUGAUAGUAACGAUCAAGAAUCAGUUAAUUAUAUAUCAACGAAUCGUCCUCAACCACUAGUAACAAUAAAACCAUCUAUAGAUAAUCCUGAUCAACGUAUAACUCAAGAUGCCGAUGCAUUAUGUCGAACAUUAUCUGUUAUUAUACCUCUUGUUGUUAUAUCACCAUUUACUAUUGCUUUUUAUACAUAUCGUACAUGGGAAAUUACUGGUUAUUAUGGUCCAUUAGCUAUAAUAAUCUAUUUUAUAAUAUGGACUGGAAUAAAUAAAUUAUUUAUUUCAGCUGUAUCUCGAACAAUAUUUCGACAAAAUAUAUGUGAAGGUACAUUUCGUUUUCUUCAUACACAAAUUCGAACAUAUAAUGAAUCAAUUGCAUUUUAUAAUGGUGGUUCAUUUGAACAUACAAGAUUUGAUAAUUAUUUCUUAAAAUUUCUUGCACCAUUACUUUAUCGUCGAAAUAUUCAAGAAUUUUUUCUUAGUUUAUCAACUAAUUUAUUUGAUUAUAUUGGAAGUAUAUUAAGUUAUCUUUUAUUAGCAAUAGCUAUAUUUGUUUUUCAUUUCUAUGAUAAUUUAACAUCUGAAGAAUUAGUUAAAACAAUAAGUCAAACAUCAUUUAUAACAAUGUAUUUAAUCUAUCGUUUUAGUCAAUUAAAUGAUUUAACAGAUAAAAUAACGAUAAUUGCAGCUAAUACACAUCGUGUACAAACAUUUGUUGAAUAUAUGAAAAAUAUUGAUAUAUCAUGGGCUGAAAAACAAUCUUAUCAAACUAAUCAACAGAAUGAAAUUCUUAAUAUUAAAAAUCUUUCAUAUUCAAUUCCAAAUAAUAAUAAACAUCUACUUAUGAAUAAUCUCAAUUUAACAUUACAUCAAGGACAACGUCUAUUAAUAACAGGUGAUAGUGGUGUUGGUAAAACAUCUCUAUUUCGUAUUCUUCAUUCAAUCUGGCCAGUGAAUAUACAUGGAUCUUUUUCUUAUAAUACUUCACAUAGUUUUUUACUUCCUCAACGUCCAUAUUUUACAAAUCAAUCACUACAUGAUGAGCUUUCAUAUCCAAAUGUACAAAAUUCUAUAACGAUUACACGUCAAACACAAAUUGAAUAUCUUCUUGGUGAAUGGGAUCUUUCACAUAUUCUUGAUUGUGUUGAAUCAAGUGUAUUUAUAUGUCCAGAAUAUCCAUGGCAAGAUUUAUUAUCACCCGGUGAAUUACAACGUUUAUCAUUUCUACGAUUAAUACUUUAUCUUUCUUCGAAUGAAAAUUCACGAAUGAGUAUUAUAUUUCUCGAUGAAAUAACAUCAUCACUUGAUGUAAAUAUGGAAAUAAAAAUGUAUAAUUAUUUAAUUGAACGAAAUCUUACUUUUAUAAGUAUUGGUCAUCGAGAAACACUUCAACAGUAUCAUCAAUUUCAACUUAAAUUGUAUAAAAAUGGAAGAUAUAUGAUAGAAAAUCUUUGA